AGGUUACAAGUUUCCCAACUCGUGAAGCUGCUAGCAGACUCCAUCAACCACGUCAGAAUGUGUGUCAGAGAACCUUCUGGAGACAUCAAGAUGUGGAAAAAGUCCAAGGCGAGCGAUCAGACGGCCAUCGGGCAGACGGGCAUCAGGAAGAAGUCCAAAGUGCCAGGUGUCAUGAUCACACAGUUUCUGGAGGUACUUCCAGAGGGAUCAACAACACCCGACUUUUCCCGCAAGCCCAUCGCCAUCACUAUUCAAGAAGGAAAACGUGCCAUCUUUCGAGCCAUCGUUGUGGGCAAUCCAAUGCCCACCGUAACUUGGACCAGGGCAAACGGGGAAAUGGUUUUCAACCCGGCCACCUGCAAGCAAAAUUACAACGAAUCGUCACAUGAGCACACCCUGGAGUUUCCCAAGGUGGCCCCCGAGGAUACCGACACCUACAAGUGCUUUGCAACAAACGACUACGGCCGCGCUAUCUGCACCGUCCUGCUCAACGUCAUCGAAGUUGGAUUCUCCAAGACCAAGGAACUGCAGAAGACAUACGGGGACGAAGUCCCAGACUUUUUAAAGAAGAAACUUAGAAAACGUCCUACUGAGGAGGCACGGGAGAACAAGGCAAUGACCCCAGAGGAGAAGGUCUGGGAGAUCCUCCUCAAGGCAGACAAGAAGGACUACGAGCGCAUAUGUGCGGAAUACGGCUUCACCAACUUCCGCGGCAUGCUGAAGAAACUGAAAACCAUGAAGAAGGAGCAAAACGAUGAUAUUGCAGAAGGAGUGGACUUUCAUGAAGAUAUUGUCGAGUUCUUCACACCCAGCAACGCUCUGAAGCACCUUGACUCAGACGACGACGACGACGUACCCUUGGACUUGGAGCUGGAACUCAGGGAGAGUAAAGUGUCCCUCUGCAAGGACAGUCCCAUGGUCGCCUUUGCAAAAGAAGAAUGCGAUGAACUGACACACUCGCUGAAGCAAGUUGCCAAGGAAAAAACGUUCUCAAUGUCGAGUCAAGACACUGACGUGGAGGGCAUCGGUUUGUUGGCUACAGACUUUAAAGCACCCGACGUGGACUUCGAAGUUAAAAUCCAGGAGAUCAAGGCAGAAGAGCGCCAGGAUGCCCUCUUUACUUGUGUUCUAAGCGCACCUCUGCAAGAGAUCAGGUGGUUUGGUAAAAACGCUCCGUUGACAAACGGUGAAAAGUUUGAUAUCAGUGUUUCCGAAGACAAGCUCAUCCACAAGUUGAUCGUGCGUGACUGCUUGCCUCUGGACGCCGGGAUCUACACCGCCGUGGCCGGGAUCGAGUCGUGCAACGCCUGGCUGGUGGUUGAAGCCGAUAAAGACGGCAGUAGCAAAGGGAAGAAAGUGGCUCGUAAGAACACGCCAGAUGACGAAGACCUGCUGAGAAUAGCCAGAGAGCAGCAAGAGAGGUAUGAGAAGGAACUGGAGGAGACGGCCAAGAAGAACCAAGCGGAGCGGGACGCCGCGGAGGAAGCUGCCCGGCUGGAGGCGCAGGCGGCCAGGAACGCCAAGGCUGAAAAGAAAAAGGCAGAAUCCAAGAAGAGGUCCAGUGCGGGUGCAAGGAAGGCUUCUGUUGCGGCAGCUGUGGAAGAUCUGAGUGAAGACAACCAAGAAGUUGGGGAAAAACCCUUAUUUGUGGAAUGUGUCGAGGUAGAGGUGAAGGAAACUGAGACAGUGGAAGGACGAGGUCAUGCUGAGGAGCCCGCAGAGCACACAGACUCUGGAAAUAAAGACAAACAUCUCAAAGUGAAAGUGAAAGAUGCUUCUGUUGGAAGUGACCCCAGUCAGGGAGUGCAACAUCACCAAAGUGAGGAAAGACCUGGCAGAAGACACAGACCUGCCAAAGAGUCACUAGCAGACCGUGGACACGCUGGAGUUGGACGUGACGUCAGGGAGGAAACGUGUGCCAAGUCUGGGCCGACUAAAAACGCUCCAAGUGAGAAAAUUGUGUCCAGCAAAGAUAAAGAAGAUGAGGAAGAAAUGUCUGACGGCCAUGAUGGUGAUGAUGAUGGUGGUGAUGAUGAUGAUGUUGCACCAGCAGGGGGUGAGGACGUGUCGGAAAGUGACGAGGACGUGGAGGAGGAGCCAGCGGGGGAGAGGCGUGUCAGAGUGAGGCAGGGGCCCCUGAUCCAGGAGACCCUUAUUGACCCAGGUGUCCACUUCCUCAUCGGGCUCUCCGACUGCAAGGCCAUCAUCGGGGAAGAGGCCGAGCUGAUGUGCAAACUCAGCAGCGAGGACUGUGAGGGCGUCUGGUACAAAGACGGCGAAGAGAUGGUGUGUACAGAGAGUGUGACUUUUACCAAAGAAGGAAGUUUCCAUAAACUGACGAUUCACAAAGUCACGGAUGAUGACGCCGGGAAGUACAAGUUUGAAGCAGAUGGACGCAAGACUGAGGCCUUGAUUGUCGUGGAAGAUCCACCAAGAUUUGACCCAGAGGAGCUAAAAACCUUUAUCGAGCCGGUAAGAGUGAAGAAGGGGCACAAAGCCAUCUACAAAUUACCCUUCCUGGGCCGGGAGCCUAUCAAAGUUCAAUGGUACCUGGAGGGGGAAGAGCUUUCAGAUGAAGCCAACAUCAAGAUCGAGACCUCGGAUGGUUACACCCGCCUGCUGCUCAUCAAGCUGCAGCGUAAAGACAGCGGCGAAGUCAAGCUAAAGCUAAAAAAUGAGUUUGGCACAGUUGAGGCCUUCAGUGAACUAACGGUUAUGGAUAAACCCACUCCUCCGAUGGGACCUUUGGAGAUCGUUGAAGCCUCCUCCUCCGCCAUCGAGAUCAAGUGGAGACCCCCGAAAGAUAGCGGCGGCUGCAAGAUUGGGAACUACCUCCUGGAACGGCAACAAGUGGGCCGCAACACCUGGAAGAAGGUCGGGCCCAUCGGUCCGGAAGCCAAAUACAGGGACCUCGACAUAGACCACGGCCGCAGGUACUGCUACCGCAUCAGAGUGGAGACAGAAAUGGGCACCAGUGAGCUGAUGGAAACAGAGGAUAUUCAAGCUGGGACAAAAGCAUACCCUGGACCGCCAUCACCACCAAAGGUUGUCAGCGCCUUCAAGGACUGUAUCAACUUGUCCUGGUCGCCUCCUGCCAACACCGGAGGAACUAGUAUCCUCGGAUACAACCUUGAGAAACGCAAGCAGGGCAGCAAUCUGUGGGGUCAGGUCAACCCGCCAGAGGAGAUGAUCAGAGGUAAAGCAUUUGCUGUGAAAGAUGUGGUUGAAGGAAUGGAAUACGAGUUCCGUUUGUCAGCGACCAACAACUCCGGAGCAGGUGAAUUCAGUACACCUUCGGACUUUGUAUUCGCCAGAGACCCCAAAAAGCCUCCUGGAAAGGUCCUUGAUUUGAAAGUGACGGAUUCUAACUACACAACUUUAUCACUGUCUUGGACCAAGCCCAAGGACAUUGAGGGGGUACAGGACGAGGCCAAGGGUUACUUUGUGGAGAUCCGUCCCGCGGAGAACACAGACUGGAAUCGCUGCAGUUCUACCGUGUUGACCACCAAUUACUACACGGUGAAAGGCAUGAAGUCCAUGGCCAUGUACUGGGUGAGAGUCAUCGCUGUAAACAACGGAGGGGAGGGAGAGCCAAAAGAACUGGACAACUACGUUCUUGCUAUGCCUCCUCCUGUGAGACCACGCUUCACAGAUGCCAAGAUCAAGAGCUUCAUGGUGGUCAGAGCAGGAAACUCAGCCCGAUUUACUAUGAACUUUGAAGCCUCUCCUUGGCCUGAGGUCACCUGGUUAAAGGACGGUGUGCCGGUCACAAAAAAAGUGACAAUAAGUAACGCGGAAGGAACGUCGCAGCUUCUGAUUCCUUCUGCCGAGCGCUCUGACUCUGGAAUCUACACCGUGAUUGUCAAGAACAUCGUCGGCCAGGAAUCCUUUAGUAUUGAAAUUAGAGUAACGGACGAGCCAAAACCACCGGGUCCAGUGGAGAAUGAAGAAAACGUGUUGGGCACAGUGACCGUUUCAUGGACGGCGUCUCCAGACGAGAAACGAGAUGAUAGGCUGCACUACAUGGUGACUAAGCGGGACUCCAGCAAACGGACUUGGCACACCGUGGCAGAUCACAUCUUCAACAACAAAUUCACAGCCUGCAACAUAAUGCCGGGAAGAGAGUACCAGUUCCGAGUCUAUGCUAAGAAUGACAUGGGCUGCUCCAAACCCUCCGAAUCACCAAAGUGGCUGAUUGCCACCAAAAAAGAGAGGUUCACUGUGAACAUCGCGGAAUCCAAGGCCUGCAACCUGGAAUGUCCCCCAAAGUUCCUGGUCCCGCUGAAAAUGCACUCCGCACCGCAAGGCUACGAGUGCUACAUGAGCUGCGCUCUGAAGGGCGACCCCACGCCUCACGUCACCUGGCUGCGCGACAACGUCAGUCUGAACACCAACACCAACUACUACAUCUCCAACACCUGCGGGGUCUGCUCUCUGCUCAUACUGAGGGUCGGGCCCAAAGACACCGGGGAGUACAAGGUCGUCGCGGAGAAUCCCAUCGGGAGAGCCGAGUGCGCCACCAAAUUGACAGUGAAGGAGUGAGCCCGUGUGAUGACGAUGAAGGACAUGUUGGAUGUAUGGUGUUUAAUUAUGAUGAACUAUUUACCAUGUCUUAUAGGACGUCAUGUGAUGUCUCCAAUAUACAUUUUUGAACACUUGUAGUAUCCAUGUACACACGAAUAUAUA